GUCUCCGCGGCUCCUCUCCUCAGUCCGCCCGGGGAGGAGGAGGAGGAGCGGGGCCAGCCGCCGCCGCCGCCGCCGUCCCAGCCUCGCCCAGCGCACCUGAGCUCGCCGCGCCGCCCCGGGCCCCCGCGCCGCGCCCCGCGCCCCCGCCGCCCGGCCCGCGCGCAGCGCUGCCUCGGUGCCCCGGCGGGGCGCGUCCCCCGGGCCGCCUCCCGCUCUCCCGCGGCUCGCGUGGCCGCGCCUUUGUGUGCGGCGGCCGCGGCUCCCGGGCUCUUGGGCUCCGGUCGCGGCGCCCCUCCAGCCGCGAGUCCCGCGCGCGUGCCGCCCCCGGGCGCCCCCAGCUGGGCGCCCCCGACGGUGGAUCUAGCGGCUUCGAAGAGGCGGGCCCCGGCCCCGGCGAACCCCAGCCCCGGCCCCCGGCCCCGGGCCCGGCUCCGGCAUGGAUGUGAGGUUCUACCCCGCGGCGGCCGGGGACCCCGCCGGCCUGGACUUCGCGCAGUGCCUGGGCUACUACGGCUACAGCAAGUUUGGAAAUAAUAAUAACUACAUGAAUAUGGCUGAGGCGAACAACGCUUUCUUUGCUGCCAGUGAGCAGACAUUCCAUACGCCAAGCCUCGGGGACGAGGAGUUUGAAAUCCCACCAAUCACGCCUCCUCCAGAGUCAGACCCCGCCCUGGGCAUGCCGGAUGUACUGCUUCCCUUUCAAGCCCUCAGCGAUCCAUUGCCUUCCCAGGGAAGUGAAUUCACACCCCAGUUUCCCCCUCAAAGCCUGGAUCUCCCUUCCAUUACAAUCUCAAGAAAUCUUGUGGAACAAGAUGGCGUGCUUCAUAGCAGUGGGUUGCAUAUGGAUCAGGGCCACACACAAGUGUCACAGUACCGGCAGGACCCCUCCCUGAUCAUGAGGUCUAUUGUUCACAUGACCGAUGCCGCUCGCUCUGGGAUCAUGCCGCCUGCCCAGCUCACCACCAUCAACCAGUCUCAGCUCAGUGCCCAGCUGGGGUUGAACUUGGGAGGUGCCAGUAUGCCUCACACCUCGCCUUCACCUCCAGCAAGCAAAUCGGCCACUCCCUCGCCUUCCAGCUCCAUCAACGAAGAGGAUGCUGAUGAAGCCAACAGGGCCAUCGGAGAGAAAAGAGCUGCUCCAGAUUCUGGCAAGAAGCCCAAGACUCCAAAGAAAAAGAAAAAGAAAGAUCCGAAUGAGCCACAGAAGCCAGUGUCGGCGUAUGCCCUGUUUUUCAGAGACACACAGGCUGCAAUUAAAGGUCAAAACCCCAAUGCAACCUUUGGAGAGGUCUCAAAAAUCGUAGCGUCCAUGUGGGACAGCCUUGGAGAAGAACAAAAGCAGGUAUAUAAAAGGAAAACAGAAGCUGCCAAAAAAGAAUACCUGAAGGCCCUGGCCGCCUACAGGGCCAGCCUCGUUUCCAAGGCUGCCGCUGAGUCAGCAGAAGCCCAGACCAUUCGUUCUGUUCAGCAGACCCUGGCGUCCACCAAUCUCACCUCCUCCCUCCUUCUCAACACUCCACUGUCUCAACACGGAACAGUGUCAGCCUCACCUCAGACUCUCCAGCAAUCGCUCCCUAGGUCGAUCGCUCCCAAACCCUUGACCAUGAGACUCCCCAUGAACCAGAUUGUCACAUCUGUCACCAUCGCAGCCAACAUGCCCUCGAACAUUGGGGCUCCGCUGAUAAGCUCCAUGGGAACGACCAUGGUUGGCUCGGCAUCCUCCACCCAAGUGAGCCCUUCGGUGCAAACCCAGCAGCAUCAGAUGCAGUUGCAGCAGCAGCAGCAGCAGCAGCAACAGCAGAUGCAGCAGAUGCAGCAGCAGCAACUGCAGCAGCACCAAAUGCAUCAGCAAAUCCAACAGCAGAUGCAGCAGCAGCAUUUUCAGCACCAUAUGCAGCAGCACCUGCAGCAGCAGCAGCAGCAGCAGCACCUCCAGCAGCAAAUCAACCAACAGCAGCUGCAGCAGCAGCUGCAGCAGCAUCUCCAGCUACAGCAGCUGCAGCACAUGCAGCACCAGUCUCAGCCUUCUCCUCGGCAGCACUCCCCGGUCACCUCUCAGAUAACGUCCCCCAUCCCGGCCAUCGGGAGCCCCCAGCCAGCCUCCCAGCAGCACCAGUCGCAAAUACAGUCUCAGACACAGACUCAAGUAUUGUCGCAGGUCAGUAUUUUCUGAAGACGCACAUGGCAGAUGGAUUUCCUUACACCGAGGCGAGUGGCAGAGGAGGGUCAAGAAUAUACAGCCGAAACUUGUACGUUGGUGUUGGUUAUGCAGAAAUGUGUAACAGAUCAAACGGUCCUCUCAAGUGUCUAUUAGAUAGGCAAUAAGAACCACAGUGUAGCUGGGCAACAUCUUUUAGCUGACUAUAAAUCACUUUGUUUUUAAACAAGAAAACCUGUGCUCUUUUAUGUGAUGCCUUUUUUAUUUAUUCAGGCUAUACCUACAAUAUGUGAAUCAAACUGUUUAAUGAAUCCUGGGACAUACUGAUGACUAUAAACUGGCCUCUCUGAGUCAUAGAAAAUGGCCUUAUUUCUCCAGAAGUGAGUAAACCGCACUUCCAGGCUAUUUGAACUUCCGAAGCCCUAAAAAGAAAAAGCACAGUUGUAACUACCUGAAAUAUGAAGAUCCAGUUUCAUACAAACAUUUGUAUGAUGUGAAUAAUUGAUGGCAUUUUUUUGUCAUGAAAAAAAAAAAUAAUGUAAAUCACAGACUUUUGCCAAAGCUCUUAUUUUUUUUCCUAAAUCUCUCCAGAAAAAAAAAAAAGAUGCAAGUGAUUAGACCCAAUUAUUGACUCAUUUCCACUUUUUAUUCAUGACUUCUCCAAAUCAAAUCACAGUAUAUGUUGUAACAAUAUCUAUGACCACUGUUAGCCCAUUAUAUUCAUUCCAAUUAGAAGAAAAGAAAUGUGAAUAUUAUAUUCCGUGUUUUGAGUGACAAGUUUCGAAAAAUAAACACUGUAUUUUUAAAAGGGAAAUGCACUUAAAUGAAAACAGUUAUUACAAAAGUUAAGAUUUAAAAAGAAAAAGCAAGAGUUUUUAUUAUGAUGUAAUACCAGUAGAAUAUUUAAAAGGCACAUCACAUCUGAAUAAUCAAUGUAAAUAUUUUCUUUCAAAGUUGUAAGUUUUCAUAUCAUGUGUUGUAAAGUUUUCCUAAAUGAGGCUUUAACGUAAACACUGGUGACAUAAACCAUUCAUUGCUACAUUGCUUAUUGUGUUUUUAUGCUGUUUUAUACUUUUUUAUGAGUUAUGAUAGCAGCAAUUAAGUUGUUUGUAUUUUGCUUAACUAAAACAAAAAUGCUUUUAUCUUGCUAUAGAAUAAACACAUUUCAGUAAAAACUGUGGACUGUAUUUUGAUGCAACAACAAGGAAACUGUUCACUUUUCAAAUAAAAUGUUAUGUCAGAUUUCA